UCACAAAGGAAUAAAAGGAAGUCUAAAUCAUGAUGUGCUGGAUUCAAAAUGAUGUAUGAUAAAUAAAUUAUACUUAAGUAUUAAAAGUACAUUUUAUAUAUAUUUAAUGUAUGUGUUGAGUGAUAAAAUAUUCUACUUGGACUCUGAUGCAGCAUUUAAUUCAAAUAAAUGUAAUAGAGUGGAAGUAUAAACUAGCAGAGAAUUAAAAUAAGUCAAGUUCCUCAAAAUUGUACUUGAGUAAAUGUACUCUGUUACAUUCCAUCACACUGAGUCUAAACCUUUCAUACACCUGAAAUAAAGAAUAGAAAUGUAAAUAUGUAUUAAAAAUAAAAGAGAUAUCAUAUUUUAGUGUCUUUCAACAGUGUUGUAGCCUAAAUGUGCAUAACAGUCAUAACUUGAGUAAAGAUAUGGUGUUAUUAUGUUCAAGUCACACACGUGAAUAUUACUUCAAAUAUCUGAUAUAAAAUGUCAAAACUAGUGUUGUGGCAAUAAAUGUACUAUUUUAACAAAUAUACAGAUUCAAAUAAAACAUAUAUUUACAUGUAUAUACAACCUGUUUACUGAUCUGUGUUACAACUCGCUGUCAUUAUUUUGUAAUUUAGAGUUUUUACCAAAGUACGUGAAAAUAUGUAUUUAUUAAUGAAUAUUGGAGCCAAUAAUCAAUCAGGUUCAUAAUCUGUUGACCCGGUUUAGUUACAUGAUAUCAAUCUAUGUAAAAUUUAAAAUUUUAAAAUUUUAUUUGCACUUUUGAUUCUUAAGUACAUUUGAUAUCAGAUACUUUAAGACUUUUACUCGAGUAAUAUUCAUGUGUGUGACUUUGCUUUUUCACCUUUUACUCGUUCUGAGUUUCUCACAUCUCAUAUUUUAACAAAUACAGUCAAGCAAUAAUGUCUUAAUAAUCUAAAGGGUUAGUUUGUAAAACAUUUAAACAUUUGUAUUGUUUUAUGUGGGCUGUAAACAUGCUCGUGACAGGUUCUGACUCAGGACUGUAUGAUGGGUUUGUCAUGUUGAGUUCUGUUUCUCCUGAAGUGAAACACAACUGAUCAGGCAGCUGGUUUCUGUUUCCCAGCUGACUUGUUGUAAAUGUUGUCAGCUGUUCACAGCUGUAGUUCCUCCGUCCUCCUCUGGGGCUCCUGCAGGUUUUAUUUUCCCUUUCCAAACUCAGACCAGUUCAGCUGGUUCUGGACUUCUGUUCCUGUUUAUUUAAUGUUCUUCUGGUUCUGUUUGUUAUCGACAUGCUGACGUGGAAGAGCAUUUACUCUGUACUGUUCUACUCUGAUGCAUCUCUGAGGGACAUAUUCAAUUCUUAUUUUACACUUUUAGUUACUAGUUUCUUUUCAGGUUAAAUUGUACUUAAAAAACAUGCUUAUUGCAUCUUCUUGCAUCUCAUUGCAUCACUGAUAAUCUUCUAAUAAUAUCUGAAUAAUAAAUGGGUCCAGUUUGCAUGAGUAUUUUCACUUUUGAUCCAUUAAAUAUAAAUAUAAACGCGUAUGGUUAGAAAAAUGUAUUUGUAGGUUAAAUUAAGUUGAUGAAGUAAAGAAUACUGAGUGCGCUGCUGAUAUUUUACUGCAACAGCAGAGCGAGAUCACAAGUGCUCGCAAGGAAAAUCAACAACAAGAAAAUUCGAUCAGAAUAAGUUCACGUUAUCAUGACACACAAACUCAAAAUAUUAUAACAAGAAACAUUUCUUGGCAGGUCCAGUCCUGGAUAUUUUCUGCCCUCUGCACAUUAAACUGGGUUAAUUAUUUCUGUCUCUUACUGUAAAAUGUUUAUCAUGUGUCCCAGUAAAGACUAAAUAAAGGACUGUGUGUGUCCUCCUCCUCCCUCUGUCAGUGUUCAGUAUCCAUGUUGGGUUUUAUGUGUUCUGCAUUCCUCCAGCAGUCUGGUGAGGAAUGAAAAGUGAUGAUGUCUGGAAAGUGAAACUUAAGGAAACAGUCUCAGGUAUAAGAGCAGCAGAGAUGAGACUUCCUGGACACAAUCAGAGCGAGGAUGGGUGUUCAAGGACUGACCACAUUCUUAGAGAAUCACCAGCUGAUCUACCGGGACGUCCGGUUCCGGAUGAGCCGUCUGGUGAUCGAUGGCUGCAACCUGCUCCACUUGCUGUACUUUCACUCAGGUCUGGACCAGAACCAUGGUGGGGAGUAUGCUGCGUUUGAGAACCAGGUUGAGAAGUUCAUCGCAGCACUCAGAGCCUGUGAGAUCAAACCGUAUGUGGUGCUGGACGGGGGCACGGACCCCACCGACAAGAAGCUUGAAACAGUGACGCAGAGAGCUGAGGAACGGAUCCAGAGAGCCCAUCUAGCGGCAGUGGGUGGCAGCCAGGAGAACAUCAUGCCAGAGCUGGUCAAGAUGGUGUUCAAACAGACGCUGGCCCGGCUGGAGGUUCCGGUGGCUAAGUGCUACGGGGAGGCCGACCAGGAGAUUGCCGCCCUCGCCAAUGAGUGGAACUGUCCGGUGCUCUCCAACGACAGCGACUUCUUCAUCUUCGACCUCUCAGCAGGGCUGCUGCCGAUCUCCCAUUUCCAGUGGGAGGCGCUGGAGCAGAGCGGCUCACGGCGCUACAUCCCCUGUAAGAACUACAAAACCUCCAACAUCUGCAUCCUCUUCAGCAUCCAGCCGCAGAUCCUACCUGCCUUCGCAGCCUUGGCUGGGAACGACUACGUGAAGCUGCAGAAGGAAUCAUUCAUCCGCUGGACUCAGUUCUGCCCAGCAAGUGCUGUGAAACCGAGCCGCCUGGAGGGGCUGCUCUGCUGGCUGAGGAGCUUCCACCAGCCUCAGGAGGCCUUCGAGGCGGCGCUGGAGCUGAUUGGAACGCUGAGCGAGAAGAGAAAGGCAGAGGUGCUGCAAGGCUUGCAUCUUGGCAUGGAGGAGUACCGGCUCCCUCCCAGCUCCCUGAAGAGGUUCUUCCUCCACGGGACAGCACCUCCAUUCCCAGCAGAGGAGAAGACGGCGGGUCUCAUCCCAGACUGGAUCCGGCUGCCGUUUACGCAGGCCCGGCUGCCUUCAGACAUCCUGGAUGUGCUGCUCCUGCAGAGGAUGAACCUCGGCUGCCCCGUGGCCAACGCCGACACGCCCAGCGCUUACCUGACAUCCAGGCCGAUCCGCCAGGUGAUGUACGGGCUGCUGCUGGGUCGCAGAGGGGGGCCGGUUCAGGAGAGAGACAGAGAAGGAUUCCAGCUGAAGUUCAUCCCAGUCCAACCAGCCUUCAGAGGAGUCGCCAAGCAGCUGCAGCUCAACUCACUGGACCAGGCGGAGCCCUCUCAGCGUCUGCAGGUGUUGCUGGAGGCUCUGGGGGUGACGGAGGCCUCUCUGAACCGCCUGCCUCCUCGGCUGCGCCUCCUGGUGGCCGUCACCUGCUACUGGAUGCAGAGAGCUCAGCCUUGUCCAGGCGAGAGGCUGCUGAGGGCGCUGCUGCUGGGAGUGACUAAUGGAGACGCUCUGAGACGCCAAGCAGAUCUGCAGAUUCAGAAUCAAAAGCUGGAUGUGGGCGUGGCUCACGCCUUCAGCCAAUGGCAGGUGUGCAUGAAGGACAGCAUCCACCUGAACCAGCUGCUGGGUUACCCAUUACCUGAACCACAGAUCGCCAAGUUGUACGAGGGGACAGUGGUCCACAAUCUUGUCCACCAGAUGAGGACAAGAAAAAUGAGGUGGCUGAAGUACAACCCCUCUAGUGUUAAACAGUACAAAGCCAUGCUGUCCGUUGUCCACCAGUCUUUCAGUCAAGAGGUGACAAAACCCUCAGUUACUCAGAAGACACCGACGUCUCCGCGCCGGCAGCAUCUGGGCGACCUGACCACCAGCCUGCAGCAGCUGUUCCUCCAGUAUGAAGAUGAUGAGGAGACCAUGACCGAAGCCGACAGCGUGGUCAGAGCACACCAGGACCGAGAUCUGGAUGACUUGCUGUCAGUGAAAACACGUUACAGAGCCAGAGAGAGAAUCAACUCUGGCAAAAACCCAGACCUGGUUCUGAAGAAGGAGCGCAGGGGGGUGGACAUCCUGUGAGCCGAGCCGCCCAGCUCAGGGUUCGAUUUCUGUCCUCAGUUCUGACUUCAGUUCACAUGUUAAAGUAUUUUCAUUAUUUUGUCAAUGAACCUCUAUAAAGAUGUGCAGAUGAAUUUUUGGACACUAGGGGGCAGUGAAACAUGUAAACAAGGUUAAACAUCAGUUAAUGCUCCUUCUCUGAUCUGUGGUGAUGUUUCAACAUCUGAACCAACAUUCGGCUGUUUUUUUUAAUAGAUUUCUUCUAACCAAUUCUGUAUUUAUCUGUCUUUGUAAAACAAAAAGAAAAAAACAUUUUACAUUAGUUUCUGAACUACUUGUGUUAAAUCUUUGUCAUAUUUGUAAAUAUUUUUCUGUUUAAUUCUUAAAUGUAUUUUGCACAAGAAUGAAUGAUAUACACGUUAGGAAAUCUUAAAUCUCUGUUAAUGUGUUUUUACUGCAUAUUUAUCAGGCUGUAUUUUAUGAAGGGUGUGUGAGUAAUAAACUUUGUUCUGCUGAUAAAACCUGUGUGGAUAUAAAAUGAUUGUCAAUGACGUCAGGAAGGUUCAACUUCAACUUCGUGUGGGUCGUCAUAUAUCCUCCCUCCUCACCCUCAGUACUGGCUUCCCCCAAGGAUGCGUUCUGAGCCUCUUGCUGUACUCCUUGUAGACUUAUGACUGCACGGCCACUUCAGACUUCAAUACCAUCAUCAUAAAAUUGUGGAUGAUACAGCUGUAGUGGGCCUCAUCUCCGAUAACAAUGAGUCUGCUUACCGGACUGAGAUCAAACAUCUCAUGGACUGGAGUGAGCACAGCAACUUAAAACUCAACACCGGGAAAACAAAGGAGCUAAUAGUGGACUUUGGCAGGAAGCAGCAGAGGAACCUCCAACCCAUCUGUGUAAAUGGGGCCCAGGUGGAGAGAGUGGACAGUUUUAAAUACCUGGGUGUCCACACCACACAGGACCUCUCCUGGUCCUUUCACAUCAAUACCUUUGUUAAGAAAGGCCACCAGCACCUUUUUAUCUAAGGAGACUGAGGGACUUCAAACUCCCACUCAGGACACUUAGGAACUUUUACACCUUGUUUAACUGAAGUGAAGUCAGAAGGAGAAGGAGAAGUUUAUAUUUGCAUGUAUAGUUGUCAGAUAUUGUUUUAACAUUUAAGUACUUCAGAUAUUAUUUUAUUCCCACUGACUCUUAUUUCUUAUAAUCUCUCUAUAAUUUGAUAUUUCUAUUUGAGAAAGAGCGACUGCAUCAGACAGAGAAGCAGCCAGAAAUUCAACUCUAAAUAAUCAGAGAACGAAUAUGGAAAUAUUGCACAUCAGUAGAAAUGUUCUUAUAUCCAGCACCACUGCACAGACCGACCCGUGAGCUCUCUGCUGGUCACCCCUAACCCUACUGUGAAGUGUUUGAAAAGUUUGAAAAAUCUAAAAAUAUUUUCAUCUUUAUAAUUUAUUCAUAUUUAAAGCUGCAGUCUGGAGUCUUGAGAAUAAAGUGGACUUGGUCAGAACAUUAGAAUGAAACAGCUCCUAGGUCAGUCCUUCUAAGCCCCGUAACCAUGGCAACAAAGGACACCAGAUAACCAAGAAGGGGCAUUCAAAAUAAAAACAACAACCUAAACAGUGAUUGUUCUGUUUCUGAUCAAUACAACUAAAUCACAGUGAGAGCGCCUCAUGCAGAUCACUGUAGAUAUCCAGAGUGAUAAUCAAUAUUCCUCACAUCGCUGUAGACGAGCUACCAGGUGAUCGUUCAGGUGAUCAUCAUCACCUGCUGCCUUUCUGAAGCAUGCCUCUUUUAACAAGACAGAUUACAGGACACAGUAGAAGAUGCGGGACUGGGAGUUGAAUCUGGACGCCUGCUUUAACAACUGAGGUAAACAACGUUCAAUAAUUGAAUAAUUCUCAGGUUGGAUCCACAUACACAACAAAUAAAUCCCGCCCACAGUCAGUGCAUUUCCCUCCAAAACUUUAGAUGUUUAUAUCAGUCGGUUAUGGAUCUCCACUCUGGUCGGAGUGGCUCUCCUCUCAGGACAUGAACAACUGUUCUAUGAAUCUGCUUUAUGUGUCCAAUUACCUGCUCAGUACAGGUGUAUUCAUGUCUGUGGGGGAGCUGAACAGAUCAGUUAUUACCUGUAGAUCUCAGGUAAUAAGCUCAGGUGAACAGUGGGACUUGUCUUCAGCUUCAGGUGAAACAGCUCUGACCUGUAUGGUGAUCAGACCCGGAGAGGAGACACACCUGGGCCAACCAGACGUACCGAGUGUGACUCUGAGGUGAAACGUCUCCAGAUGUGAUCAGAACCAACAGGAAGUGAUGGAAAAUCUACAAAAAUACGACUCAGAUAUUUGAGGUGAAUCGUACCGAAGAGGCUGAGGCUCUCCGUCUGGAAGACGUUCUGCAGAGGAGGGAAGUAGAUGACGAGGAGCUGACCCAUGAUGGAGGCCAGGACAGCGUAACAGAACGUCCUGUUGCUGCACAGACCCAUCUCAUGAACCAUACGGGUCUGAGGAGCAGGAGGCUUCAUGACAUCUUGAUUGAUUCAUUCAUCCGAGUCUGGUGAUUAUCUAAGAGCCUGAAACAUCAGCGCCUGUUCGUCAGUGAUCACAGGUGGAGAACGUGCCGACCUGCAGCGUUCGGUGAACACAUCGAACAGCCAUCCACUUCUGCUCCGAGAAAUCUGAUCAUGGCCUGAUCGAUCGGUUCAUCCUGCAGCUUGAAGCCGAACACUGAUGAGCAGUUUCUUCUGUGCAGUGUAAUUUCUCAGUGCUGACUGCUCCUCUGAGGACGGCUCACUGAGCGCCCGACAAUCACUUCACAGAAAAGAAAAAACAGUUUGAGACGUUAAAAUAUGAAAAUGUGAUGCGCAGAACAGAUCCUUCGUCCCUCGAGCACACUGAUCCAUCCGCAGCAAUCAAAACCUAAAAUAUGAAAUUAAAAAUUAAAGCUCAGCGUUCUUUAA